UAUAGGAUUGAGGUCUUUGAGGUCUUGCAGUUGCAAUUAAAUUUAUUUGGUUAACUUCUAAAUACUUGUUAUUGCAUUCUAGUAAACGAUACAUCCAAAUUAAAAAAAAAAUACGGAUACUCCUUUUGUGCAAUUUUAUAAUCAUUAAGCGAUAUUUUCAUUUUUUUAUUUGUUCAUUUUUGAUGACAUUUUGUUGCUGUCUUUAAACAGUGCUGUGCAAAUGGAUGAUACAGUGAUUUCUCCAGGACACAAAAUGGGCGAUUCCGCUUCAGAGAGUGAUUCGAGUUCUCUAGACGGCGGAGCAAUGUUACCUCCUAGCACAGUUUCUAGAGACCAGCUGCAAAAAAGGAUUGAAUCAUUACAGCAACAAAAUAGGGUCCUUAAGGUCGAACUUGACACAUACAAAUUGAGAGUGAAAGCAUUACAGGAAGAAAAUCGUGCAUUAAGGCAGGCGUCAGUGUCUAUACAAGCAAAGGCAGAACAGGAGGAAGAAUAUAUAUCCAAUACCCUAUUAAAGAAAAUUCAAGCUUUGAAGAAAGAAAAGGAGACUCUCGCUCAUCAUUAUGAAAGAGAAGAGGAGUGUUUAACAAAUGAUUUGUCUAGGAAGUUGAAUCAGUUGCGUCAAGAGAAAUGUCGAUUGGAACAAACAUUGGAGCAAGAACAAGAAUGCUUAGUGAAUAAAUUGAUGAGGAAAAUCGAAAAACUUGAAGCAGAAACUCUUGCAAAGCAAACAAAUUUAGAAAGACUCAGAAGAGAAAAGGUUGAGUUGGAGAACACUUUAGAGCAAGAACAAGAAGCAUUGGUGAACAGGCUAUGGAAGAGAAUGGAUAAGCUUGAAGCUGAGAAACGUUCCUUACAAAUUAGGCUUGACCAGCCUGUGUCGGAUCCCGCUAGUCCGAGGGACAUCAGCAAUGGUGACACUGCAUCAAAUCUUAGUAAUCACAUUCAAACUCUACGCUCAGAGGUUGUUAAAUUAAGAAAUCAAUUGGCAGUAUCACAGAAUGAAAACAAAGAAAAAAUGCAACGUUUUGCCUUAGAAGAGAAACAUAUCCGGGAAGAAAACAUUCGCUUGCACCGAAAACUGCAACAAGAGGUUGAAAGACGCGAAGCGCUGUGUAGACAUCUCUCUGAAAGUGAAUCAUCUUUAGAAAUGGAAGAGGAAAGGCAAUUUAAUGAAGCCCUAUGUGCGCGGUCGCGUAGCGUGUCGUCGCCGGGCGGGUCGCGGCCGCUGUCGCCGUACGCGUCGCCGCUGCUGCCGGGCGCUGGAAUGCCGCUGUCUAGACCGGCGCUGCAUUUCAACUCGCAGCAGGCGCGUCGCGCCAGCGAGCGGUUCGUGAAGCCAGCUGUGCCAGGCGGAGGUGCAGGCGCGCUGCGGCCGCUCGAGCCGCCGCCCUUCAGCCCCGCGUCCCCCGCGCCCACCUCGCCCGCGCCCUCGCCCGCCAUCACCCAGCCAGCCAGCCCCAUGGACACGUCCUCGAAAGAUUAAACAAAAAUGAACGCGUUCUAAAUUCAAAAGCUGCUUUUUUCGCCAUCCAGCCAGCCAGUCCCAUGGACACGUCCUUGAAGGAUUAAUUAACGAUGAACGCGUUUUAAAUUCAAAAUCUGCUUUUUCGCCAUCCAGCCAGCCAGUCCCAUGGACACGUCCUCGAAAUAUUAAAAUUUAAAACCCCUUCCAGACGACACAAUUUUUCGUCCAAUUUGACUAGAUUGGCAAUCAAAUUGGGUCGUCUAGACGGAAAUAUGAAAUUCAAGGUCAUUGGGUGGUCGGGAUCGGCCGAUUUGCGAUUGCCUUGGAAUUGCCCGAUCAAAUUGGGUGGUGUGGACGCUAAUUGGCCAAUUUUUUGACGUAUUCAGCGAGGAAGCGGCGUGUAAAGCGGAUGUUGUCGUUGAUUUUGUCUUCUCUUUGUUUAGUAAUGUAUGGGCUUACUAGAGCUGAUAAUAUUAUUCAUUAAAAGUGUCAUGGUCCAUCCGCAUACAAUUUGUGAAAUCGACACUGUUCAGUUCUAUAACAAUAUUUAUAUGACUUAGGCGAUUUCUUUUAAGCAACCAUUCUUUGCUCCAUAUCCUUUUUCUUUUUCUUUCUUCUAAAUUUGUAGUUACAGCCAAAAUCAGCCCCAAUUUUUGUUUUUUACUAAGAGGCAUGUUGCAAAAUAAAAGUCCAGUCAGUAACGGAAACGGAGCAGAACUAAAAUUGGCGAUUUAAUUGUGUACGUGUGGAUAGACGAUCAAAUUGGGCCCGAUUCAAUCGGCAAUCAAAUCGGCUGAUUAAAUUGUGUCGUCUGGAAGGGGUUUUAACAACGAUGAGCGCGUUCCAAAUUCAAAAUCUUGCUUUUUUCGCCACCCAGCCAGCCAGUCCCAUGGACACGUGCUGGAAGUAUUAAAUAACGAUGAGCGCGUUCCAAAUUCAAAAUCUACUUUUUCGCCAGCCAGUAUCCGCCAGGAACUUGGACACGUUUUCAAAAGAAUAAACAGCAUUGAGCGCGUUCUAAAUUCAAAAUUAACUUUUCACCAGUCAGGAUACCCGCCAGGAAUUUGGACUCGACUUCUACAGAUUAAACAUAAUCAUACAGAUUACAGAGCAUUAGAAAAUCAAAAUUAGCUUUUUGGUCAGCUGGCUUACCCGCGACGACUUUUAAAUACUACAAAUAUGAACACUAGUACGAAUAUGAGUGUACUGAAUUAAAAAUUGUCUUUUUCGCCAGCUAGAAUUAUUAUACUCGCAAAAUAUUAUGGAAACGUGUGCUAAUUAAUUAUUUCUAUUGCAUUGCAGUUGCUUGCAAUUUCUAUUGCAUUGCAGUGCAUUUCCGCCAAAUCAGAAUAAGUUCGUCGUAAUUUUUAUUUCGUCAGUAAGUUACGCCAAUAUGAAUGCUGGCUGCAGUUUUUAGACGUCAUAAAAAUAAUACAGCAUAAAUUGCAUUCUAUAUAUGUACAUCAUUUCAUGUACAUAUAGAAUGAUAUCACAUUUUGUCGAUGUUACCAAUUUGAUAAAAAAUAAUUAGACAUUGUAUUGCCAUGUUGAUGCCAGGAAAAUCUAUUAUGGGUUUAUUCAAGAUGCUCAGAACAAAAUUAGGAAAACAACAUUUUUAUGCUUUUGCUAGUUAUACUUAACAUUGAAGAUAUUUUUCUUCAGGCUUCACUUGAGAUAUUUAUUAAAGUAAAGUCUUGGAAUACCUACUCACAUGCUUAAGUUUUAACAGAUUAAACAUUAUUUAUUUUUUAAUAUUUUAUUUCCAUAAUCACUUAAAAUUUGCGCCCAAUAGGAUUGAUCUGAAAUGUUUUCAUUUAUAAAAUGAACGUUAACAGCACAAUAUUAAUAUGCAAAGACUGUUUAUGGCUUUCUCAUAUCGUAACCUUGCUUUUUGUCUGUUUAAUUGUUUAUCUAUACAUAAGUAUCUUAAAUUAAAGUGUGUCUUGUGGUCAAGUGUUGAAUAAUAAAAUUGGUCUUUCUAAAUACCUAAUUGAAUGUUCUUUAAAAUUGUAUGUAUUUCGAAAUGUCGGAUUUUUAAAUAUUACAAUUCUCAAACAAUAUAUAUUUAUAAUUCUGUAAAUUGUCGAAUUUAAAAUCUGAGUGAUGCAAAGUAAAUGCACUUACGCAAUAUUUACCUAAAUGAUAAUAAUAUAAAAUCGGAAUCUUGUAGCACGAGUAUUGCAUUACUUUAUUAUAAAUUAUUAUUAUUUGGAUUCAGGACUGAUAGAUUUAUGGCUGUGCGAUAUAUGACAGGCGGGAUAUUUUCAAUGUGUGCAAAUAAUAUAAAAAACAAUUCAAUUAUAUUAAAUAACAUCGACAAUUACAAACCAUUGUUCCAAGGGCAAAAUGAAUCUAAGCUCGAGAAAGCCUUUCAUUUUACUUCUAUUUAUAUUAUUUCUUUAUUUAAUAUGUAGUUAUAGUUAACAAUUUUUAUCGCUUAUUUUCUAAAGAAAAUUGGAACUCUUUUUGGCAUUACUAAAUACAUUGAAUUGUCUUAUUGAGGGUUUCAUGUACGAUGGGGUCAUUAAUGUUUGUUUCAUGUGAUUUGUUUUUGAUACUAAAUAUAUUUAUUCUAUUUUUGUUUAAACUUAGCGCUAUCGGACAUUUGACCCGUAAUAAUUAUGGCAACAUUAAGGAUUGGAAAUUUAAUUUCUAUCUUAUGUCAUUGAUCUGAUCGCUUAUCUAUACGAAUGCAUAAUAGUCCUAUUAAGUAUGUUACUUAUCUUAGAAAAUGAAUGUAUUAGGGCGUUAUUUCGAAGUAAACCGUAAUACCUAAAACAGCUUUGAAUGAGGGUAUGUUUGAAGCUUAGUUAAUCAAAUCGUCAAAACACUGAAUCCAAAAUAGGAUACAAUAAAAAACUGAUAGGCGGUCUGAUCAAAGGUUACUUAAAUUAUUAUUGUUAAUAACUCCUUGCUGCUGGUUACGUAGUACGAGCUAGCUUACGGCUUAAAUAAUAUAGAAGUAUUGUGUUAAUACUGCAAUUAUAAUGCGGCUAUAAGGCGAUACUUUGUAAUUGUGCACACUAUCUCUUGUUGCGUCCUCGUGUAUAAACGGUGCACAUCGCUCACUGCCUGUUCGAUUUCGUACGACCCUUACGAUGUCGCUUCUAGAAAUAAAGGGUCUAUGUAGUGUUGGAUAUCAAAUAUGUGGCUUGACAUGACCCUAAUGCAUUUAUUGUUAUUUUUAUUUGUUUUACCAAAAAAUUAAUCAUCAUUGGAAAUGCACAUGCGUUUUUUUAACGUGAUUAUAGAAAGGUUUUCGUUUGUUUUAUCUUUUUUGUUUGUGAUUCAUAUUUUACGAUGUUUUGUGAAGGCUCAAGUACAAGAUGCCUUUAAACAAAGUUAAGGGUCGUGCAAAAUUGAAACUACUCAGAGGUUUUGAUAAAUAUUAUAAGGCUCGUACAGUAUAAUCAUGUUUAGUUAGUGUUGAUCAUUAAAUAUUGAGUAUUAUAUUCGGGCUUGACUGUGUAUGGCAGUGGGUUCUGUAUAGACUGUGUUAAUUAAACGUAAGGGUUGUAGCUGAUAAAAGAUUGUAAUCUAUUUGAUAUAAUUAUCUCAUCGACUAUAAACACCACUUUCACCAAACUUAUGUAAUUAGUUAGUUAUUAUUAAUCAACAAUUAGGCAUUUGUUGUAAUUCCGAGGAACGAAAGUGGUGAUUGAAGGCUAACUCCAUUCUAUUGCGAUCAUUUUCACUUAAACAGUUUAUUUUUUUUCAUGUUAUUAAAAAUAUAUAUGCAUUAAUUAUUAAAA